GCAACGUAUAACAAUGUUUCCAAAAUGGCGGACGACCAGGAAAAACUAUCAGGAACUAGUAAAAAUUCACCGGAAGAAGCGGAAAAACUGAACAUUUACAGUGAAAAAUUCGAUCCGGUGGCUUUUCUGCGUAGCGACAAAGUGCCGUUACCGAAAUCGGACGCGACGACUUUCGACAACUUGGCGAUGUGGUAUUCGUCGUAUACGAAUAAAAAAAGGGGCGAGGGAACGUCGAAAAACACGAAAAAAGACGCUAAAAGUGACCUGCCUGUCAGAAGAUGGUUGCCCCAUCAAUUGCCGAUACAGUCGAUGCAGCCGACACGCAUAUUAAAGAAUGUAUUCACCCGAAUGGAAGCCGUCCAAGGACCGUUGGCGCUACUCAGGAAGUACGUGAACGAAAAAACAAGGAUCAAGGUGGUGACACGUAACGAGAAGGGCGUGCGGGGUUACUGUAUCGCAAGCCUGCUAGCGUUCGAUAAACACACGAACCUCGUCCUCGACGAGGUCCACGAGGUUUGGCGCAGGUCAAUUAAGGUCAAGAAAUGCGCACAAUUUAUGGAAACCGAUGAUAACUCGACUUCACACCAAUCAAAGAACCGUAUCAGAAUACCCCACGUCGAAACUAAGAAAAUCAGUAAAAACACCGAAGAAUGUCGUCGGUACGUGCAUCAAAUGCUGCUUAGGGGAGAACAUGUCGUUCUGGUAUCUGCUGCACAAAAUAACGAAUAAUAAUUCUUUUUUUUUUAUAAUAAAUAAUACUGUAAUGGUAAUGACCUAAUUUAUUUAUUAAUCUUGGCCGCAUCCUUGGCCUAUUUUUUUAUACUGGGGUAUUUAUUUAUAAAUCUUUUGUUAUCUUGUUGAUAAGGCUAAUAACGGUGAUUUAUGAAGGAAAUUUGAUGCUUAAUACACGAGGUUCCAAAGGGGUUUAAAUAAGGGCUAAGAGGCAAAUUGAUGAUUAAAAAAUGUUAAAUAAAUAAAAUAGUGUUCUGUUGA